AAAAAAAAAAGAACAAAAAAAUUACUUAACGCAAUUAGACAAGUUUUAUUUUUUUAUUUUUUUACUUCUACGUUUGUUUUCGACUUCUCCACAACUGUACGGAAGCAAAAAGAAGAAUGGAGUUUGCUUUAGCCAGUUCGAGUUUCCUGGGUACUCAAGUGGUUCCGGCGACUCUGUUUCGCAGACGAGCUCGAGCCGUGCCUCUCAGAGUCACUGCGAGUGGAAGAAGUUACAAUCGCAGCAGAAACGAUAAGGUAUACACGAGGCUUGACUCUUGUCUGGUCAUCCCUCCUCCUCCUAGAUUCAAGAAACCGCGUGCCAUUGUUAAAUUCUUGGGAGGUGCUUUCGUCGGAGCUGUACCUGAACUCACCUAUAGGUUAAUGCCAUCAUUUCAUUCAACAAUAAAUCAGCGACAGAGGCAGUUCCAUAUUUUGAGCAGCUUGGUCCUCUCAUCCAGCAGAUGAUGCCAGUCGUGGAAGCUUCUCCAGUAUAUGAAAUGGCUCGAAAUGCUUCAGGUGAUGUGCUGAAACUUUUACUUGACACAGCUGGGACAACGUUUCUAAAUAACGAUCAAGAAGCUCUGAAGUCAUUUACUAAUUUGGUGGAUCAGUUGCCCUCAGUAUUUGGUGAGGUUGGACAAGGGGUGUCUGAAUUUCGACCGUCACCACUUGAGAAUCGCAAUUGUUUCAAGUGCUCCUACAAUGUUCCUCACACUUUACUGGUGCAAUUCAACUCGGAUGCAAUCGAUGAGACUGAUUUGCUUGAAGAAACCCUUAGGCCUCGGAUAGAAUCUAUUGGGGGUACACUUGAAAAAGUCCGGCUGAAUGGAAACCAUCUCACACCUUGCAUACAGGACCCAAAAUGGCAGAUUGGGUCUCUCUACACACCUGCAGAUGCUGUGGCUCAGGCGCUAAAGACCAUUCCUCUUAGCGAAACUCGAGUUCUUUCGAAAACUAUCGUCGACUGGUUUAGACAGUUUGAGAAUUGAGCUGUCUCAUGUAUUGUUGAAGCAAUGUAAGCAUGGGAUAUAUAUUGACGAACAAGACUAGCCCUGAUCAUUCCCUGAGCAUAUAUCCUUCUCUGAACCAAAAAAAAAUUGGUACAAUAUGUAUACAUGUAAAUACAUUGGCGACAACUGUUUUCAUUGUUAACCACCUUCAAUGCAAAAUAUAGGGUUCAGGGGUUUGUUAAAUUUAUAAAAUCAAUACAUAAGUGUGUUUAAGCCA